GUCAGUUCCGGCGCCCUCCGAGGGCGGGGAUUCAAGGUGCUGAGGGAAACUUGGCAAUUAGUGUAGUAGGGUCAUGAAGAAGAGGCGGCGGCGGGAGAUCCGAGGCGGCGGCGGGAGCGUGAAACUGCGGUAGCUGUCUGUUCGGCUGGUAGUGUGGCUCUGUGGCAAGAGCGUAGUUCUUAAACUCCUCUCUGGGCAGCAGCCGGGGCUCGGGGCUGAGAGCGGCCGUGGGGCCGCCUCCCCGGGCCCCCUGGCUCCGCCAUGUUCCGCAGGGCACGCCUUAGCGUGAAGCCGAAUGUCAGGCCUGGAGCGGGCGCCAGGGGCUCCACUGCCCCCAAUCCCCAGCGUGAACAAGAGGCUCCCAGGCCGCCAGAGCCUGCCGCGGCCUCUGUCCCGAAGCCAGCGGAACCUACAGAUGUGCCUCCGGUGGAUUCUGGGGAGGCAGAACCUCAAGAAAAGACUCCCAAGAGCAGUGAUGAAAAGACUGAUGGUGGGAAUAAUGUUGAAGAAUCAAGUAAAUCUUCCCCUACUGUUUCACAAAGAAGAAAGCGACUAUCAAGUACCUCUAGUGUGGUCAAGCCUAGUGUCAGUGUUCCCUCAGAACCUCAUCCUUUAUCUACAGUUAAUAAUCAAGAAGCUCCACAGCCAAACCCCGUUCCGACAAAAGAGAAACAGCCAUGCUCAGAUCGAUUCCGAAUAUAUAAAGCCCAGAAACUGAGAGAAAUGUUAAAAGAAGAGUUGAGAAAAGAGAAGAAGCAAUGGAAAAACAAACAUGCCGUAAAUGAAAAUCAGAGGCCACAAGAUCGUUCAAAAAUGACUAUGAGAGAUUUCAUAUAUUACCUGCCAAAUAACAAUCCAAUGACUUCUUCACUGGAGCAAGAAAAGAAAACUGAAAAAUCGUCGACACCAGUCCAAACAAGAGAGCAAGAAGGUAAGAGUACUCCUGAUGGUGAAGAUAAUGAAGAAAUAGAAGAAGAGAUGGAUGAUGGUCCAUUGCUGGUUCCUCGAGUCAAAGUGGCAGAAGAUGGUUCUAUUAUUUUGGAUGAAGAAAGUUUAACUGUAGAAGUUUUGAGAACAAAAGGUCCCUGUGUUGUUGAGGAAAAUGACCCCAUAUUUGAGCGUGGUUCUACAACUACAUAUUCCAGCUUUAGGAAAAACUAUUACUCUAAACCGUGGUCAAAUAAAGAAACAGAUAUGUUUUUUUUAGCCAUCAGCAUGGUAGGAACUGACUUUUCUAUGAUCGGACAGCUUUUUCCUCACAGAGCAAGGAUAGAAAUUAAGAAUAAAUUUAAACGUGAAGAGAAAACAAAUGGAUGGAGAAUAGACAAAGCAUUCCAGGAAAAGCGCCCUUUUGACUUCGAUUUUUUUGCUCAUUUGCUUCAGAAAGUGCUUGCUGAAGAAGAGAAAAGAAAGCAAAAGUCUGUUAAAAAUCAGAGUUCAAAGGAGAAGUCCUCUAAAUCACGGAAAAAUGUAAAAGUGAAAAAAGUUACCAAUGAAAGAGUGAGUGACGAUCCAGCUGAGUCUGUGAGUGCUAGAAUUUCAGAUGCAGAAGGAUCCCAAAAGGAUACUCAGACAGUUGAAGAAGAACAACAAUCUCUGACUUUAUCAGCACAGGAUUCAGAACAGAAUGUAGUAGAACAAGACCAAAACCAAAAGAAAAGAAGAAGAAAGAAUCAGGGUGAAGGUGGUAAACGGGAAGUAAAAAGUCUUUCAGGAAAUGCCUCUGUUCAGCCAGGCUCUUCUAAAGGAGAAAAACACACAAAUCAGUCACUAAGUCCUGAGAUAAAUGAAGAAGGAGGAAAUAAGGAACAGAAUCUUCCCUCUGUACAGAACAAAGAUGAUAUUGUGGGCUUAUCCUUUAGUGAGAAGACUGAGAGAAGAACUGACCCUGUUCUUUCAUCAAGUGGUGAGCAAGAUGAUGUAUCAGUAGCAGCUGAGACUUUAGAAUCAGGCGCUUCAGAUUUGCCUUCAUCAGAAGUUGGUGUUAGACCAUUGUGUGAGGUGAAUAAUGCUGAGAGGAGUUGUACAGAAGAAAGAAAUGUUGACCCAAAAAAUAAAUCUCUGGAAACUGAUCAAACAGAAAAUGUUAAACCCAUGAAGAGAGUACGACUCCAGAGACCUAAACCCAAUUUAUCAAGGGCAGUUGGGAAGAAAACAGUUCUUUUACAAGAUAAAACAGAUGAAGAGAACAAGAGUUCACAUGCAGAAACUUCAGUUGAAAAGAAUCAUGUGGAAAAGGACAAAACGAGUACAUCUGAUAUUUCUGUAGUGGAGAAUACAGAGAGAGAGAACCCAGAAGCUGAUGCUGUGUCUAAUUUGAGUGAAAAAAUUUGUCUGCAGGAAGAUGAUGCACCAAAGGUUUUCAGACCUGCACGACUAAUGAGGGGCUCACUGCGGAGGCAAAAACCAAAUAUAGGUAAAGCUGCUGAAAGAAAAGGAAUUCUUACAUCACAGGAAAAAUUUGGGGCCACUGUAGAAAAGAAUGAAAAUGAAUCCGGCAUUGGUGGAGAUACUCCAGAACAAAUAGAAGAUCAGUCAUGUAAAAAUUUUGAGUGUGAAGACAUCACUUCGCAAUCUGAAGAAAAAGAUACUUCUAUUCAAGAUGCACAGUCAGAUGAUCCCAAGGCUCUUAAUGAAUGUCCCAGUAUUCAGGAGGAUAAUAAAGCAAAUAAACAAGUUCCAGUUGUAAAGACUCGAUUUCAGAAACCAAAGCCAAAUAUUAGAAGAACAAUUGCAAAAAGAGACAUUUCCUCAAAGAAAGAGGUGCCAGAAAAGAUUCUUGCCUCUGAAGAGAUAACAGCAGCUUUGGGAGAAACUGCAAGUCUAGAAACCUCACCAAGGGAGGAGGUUCCUGUCGAGACUAAUACUACUAAGGAAACGGAGUCAGGCUUAAAAGAAACUGGAAAAGACAGCUCUCCUAGGGAAAAAAUACCAGAAAUGAUUGAUGUCACUGUGGAAAUGGAGACAGAUUUGAAAGAAACUGAAAUGAAAGACAUCUCUCCCAGAGAGAAAAUCCCAGAAAUGAGUGGUGUCACUGUGGAAAUGGAGACAGAUUUGAAAGAAACUGGAAGAGAGGUUUUCCCAAGGGAGGAGGAGGAGAUACCAAAGGUGACUGAUGCCACUGAGGAAAGAGAGACAGACUUGGAAGAGACUGUAAGAAGAGAAAUAUCCCUACAGGAAAAUGCCCCAGAGGAGAUUGAUACUAUUAGUGAAGUGGUGACAGAUUUGAAAGAAACUGUAAGAGAGAUUUCCCCAAGAGAGAAGAUACCAGACAUAAUUGACGCCGCUGAGGAAGCAGAGACAGAUUUAGAAGAAUCUGAGAGAAGAGAAAUAUCUACACAAGAUAAGGUCUCAGAGGUCAAAACUGUAGGUGAUGAAGUGGAUUCAGAAGUGAAAGAAAUUGGAAUCGAAAUUUCCCUAAGGGAAAAUGUAGUAGUGGGGAUCCGUGACACGGGGGAAAGGGAGGUUGAUUUGGAAGAAACUGCAGAGAGAGACUUUUCCCUGGUGGAAAAGGUAUCAGGAAAGAUGACUGCCAUUGAGGAAACAGAAGCAGAUUUAAAAGAAACUGGCAAGGAAAUUUUCUUGAAGAAAAGCAGACCAGAAGAGAUCAGUGCUUCUGAGGACAGGGUGGCAGAUUUGGAAAAAAUUAGAAAAACAGACAUUUCUCUAAGGGAAAAUGCACGAGAGGAGACUGGAACCUCAAGACAAACUGGGACAGAUUCAUUGCAGAGCAGUAGUGCUGACUGCAGCGCUGUGCCUUCCCUAACUAAUAAUGACAUUAGCAGUGAAAUACUAUCCGUGGUGCAUACAGCUGUAGAAGAAAACAGAAAUUCUGAAAAGGAAAUGUCAAGUCAGUUGAGUCAUUUGAACAUUUCUUUGGAGACUUCUGGACUUGACAAAAUAGAAGACCAGAGGAUGCAGUCUCCAGAUGUUCCAGAGCAGUCUUCAGAUAUUAAUUUAAGCAAAUCUCUUCCUCAAGAACAGAAGCCAUCUGAAGUUAAACCAGCACCUUUUCUGAGAAGUAGAUUCAAAAGACCAAAACCAAACUUAGCAAGAGCAGCUUCAAAGAGAGAGGCCACAGGAGCAGAAAAAUGUGCACCUGGGAAGAACAUGGAACCUGAUAAAGUAGGCACUGUUGUGAUACAGCCAAACAGCGACCAAAUGAGUACUCUCUCUUCUCAACAUGAUGUGGCUUCCCUGAUGACAUCAAGAGAGAAAGAUAAAUCAGAUCAUAGUCAAGAGGAGACUGUGAUAUUACCACAUGGACAGACUGAAAAGGAGCUUUCACCUUCAAGUUCUCAUGAACCUAAAGAGGAGUCUCAGUCUACACAAGCCCAGGGAAAGGAAUUAGUUGUCUCUAUUGGGACUCAUGACAUAAACACUUUGGAACGAGAAAGUGCUGUCCAAACUGUUCCACCAGUACGGGGCCGACUUCAGAGACCCAGACCAAACUUAAGAAGGGUUGGACAGAGGCAAGUAAUAGAAAAAAGUGAAGCUAAAGAAACAAAUAAGGAGGAAGGGACACUACAAAAAGAUGAAACUAAAAAGGAAUUCCUGACUGUGCCAAAUUCUCAAAUUGCACCUGAAAUUGAAGUUGUAUCCUCCAAAGUUUCAGAAGGCAGAACGUGUGAAAUUGAAGUUGUAUCUGCCAAAGGUUCAGAAGGCAGAACGGGUGAAAAUCAGAGUCACGUGGUUCUUUUAGAAAACCUUCAUCUUAAUGAAGUAAAUGCUUUAGAUGAAAAGACAAGACAAGAACGUAAAACGUAUGUUCCUAGUCCACCACGAAUGAUAAGAAGGCAAUUCCAAAAGCCUAAGCCAAAUUUGGGAAGAGCACAUGCUAGGAAAGAGGAAUCAAGCAUAGAAAAAGACAGAGCAGAUCAAAGUGAGGCAAGGAAGCCAGAAGAUAAUUUGCUGCAGCAUGGAGAUUCUGACACCCAGUUUCUUCAAAAAGAAAAGGCUGAGUCUCUGACAUCUCUGAAGGUUUCAGCAAGAAAAGAUUCUGUAGGUUCCCAGGAGACUGGUUUGGCAAAAAAAGAUGCUCAGUCAGAAGCUGGUCCAUCACAAAGUGUUGGAGAGAAAACCGUAGGGGAUGAUUCUGGGUGUUCAGCUGUUGAAGAGCAAUAUCUCAGUAAACCAACAAGGUUUCCACAACUGCCGAAAGAGUCAAAUCACUCUAGAAUUGCCCUGGAUCGAAGAACAGCUCUCUCUUCUGCCUCUGAGUGUGAGACAGAUCAUAGUGAGAGGAGAAUACAUCGCAGGGUCAAACCAAACGUCACCAGAGGCCGUGGAUCAAAACGAGUUCGGAGUAAGACCUCUAAAAAGGAACCUAGAGCUCCCAAGGCUGUGCUUGUGACGCUUAGGGCUUCCCAGGAAGAAGACGAGGAUGAUGCUGAAGACUUUGAGUCUGACUAUGAAGAAGAAAGCUAUCAUCUUGCUCCAGAAGAAGUAAACAAAGCCCCAGUGUUUGUCCCUGUUGGUCUGAGAUCUCCUGAACCUGUUCCUACCCAAAUUGAGGAAACCAUGGAAGAGCUUGAAAUAACCGUGAAUGUCCCAGAUGUAGGAUGCAUAGCUGUUGUUGAACAUCAACUCUCAAACGCAGAUGUGACUACUCAGGAGAUGAAACAAGAAGAAAAUUUGAAUGCAUCAUCAGUCGAAAUGACCACAGGUGAACAUUCCCAAGAUGAAACAGGUACCAACGAUGGAAGCACAGAAGCUGCCAUAACUUUACUUACAAUGGGAGAUCUGGUGUUGCAGUCAGAGAUCAGUACAGAACAGAGUGGUGUAGGAGUAUGUAUACUUCCUGAUGGCCAUUCAGAGGAUAAAAGUCAUGUUCCUUUUAGCCCAGAUAAUAUAAAUCAUGAUAUUGUUCAUGAACAUCCGGAACUUUCUUCACCUCUCUGUAGUACAGCUCCAUCAGAAGACAACAAGAUUGUAUUGGAGGAACAAAGUACUAAAGAAGAAACUGGUUUAGUGGAGGAAGUAAAGGAAAAUGCUAUAUCAACCAGGACUACAACUUCUGAAGUGACCAGUAGUUUGAGACCGAGAAGAAGAUUUGCCAAGCCUAAGCCAAAUCUUAAGAAGAUUUUAGGGACCAAAAGGUUUGGUGCUCAUCAGGAAGUUCCUAGUUUGUCGGAAAUUCAAGGAGAAACUGAGAAAAAUGCUUCUAAAGGAACAGAAUUAGAGGAUAAAAACCUUGGAUCAGAUACAACUGCAGAGAGUAAGGAGCAGAGCAAAUUGGCAUGUGUACAUGGUAUUGAAGAAACCAGUAAUUCACAAGAAGCAAGGCUAACUAAAAGAAAUGAAGAUCACGAAGAGGGAUCUGAAGAGGUUCAGAUGUUGUCGGCUGCUCCACUUGUUUCUUCUGAGCCAAGCACCGACACGCUUGCUUUGGGUACAAGUCUUGGUGAGAGUUUUAUCGAAGAGCCCCUGAGAAAGGACUCUGAUGGAGACAGUAUGCUUACACUCUAUGUACCAGAGCAGUGUCCACCAGCUAGUAUUCCAGACGUCCAACAAGAGAAUGUAAAUAAUCCUCAAGACUCAGUGGAUCUACUUGCUAAUGUACAUCAAGAUGGUGAAGAUGAACAAGCAUUCAUUUUAACUCUGGUGGAAAUUCCAACCAGUGCAGUAGAAGAAUAUGCUGAUACCACUACGCAGUUACUGCCAAACACUUUACUGCCAGCGCCCAUAUUGGUCAAAUCAGUGAAUAAAGAAGAAAGGGGGGAUAUGAGUGUGAGUUUUCCGGUAAUUCCAGUUGAUCAGGAUGCCGUGUAUUUAUCUGGAAGAGAUGAUUCUGAAAAGCCUCCUGCGAAUUUGGAACUUUUAUCCAGGAAGAGAUUUCAUUGUAGUCCUGAUGAAAGUGACCAUGUUCCUCCUGCCAAAAAAAAUUCACUCACUUCAAGUGACGAUUGUCAAAAAUAUACCUCUGAGGUGUGUUCAAAGGAAUUAAUAAAUUUGGAGGAAACUGGGGAAUCUUGCCAAGGACAAGAUAACUUCCCUACCUUAGGAAGCACACUUACAAUGCCAGAACCUCAGAAAGAGCAACUUGAAUCAACUUUUCAGAGUAUUGGAUCUAGGUCUCCUGAUAAAGUAACAGAUACACAAGAAAAGAAUGCAUCUGAGUUACCUCAGGAUGAGAUAAUGGUGUCUGAUAAAGAAGAAAGAACUUGUGCUGCUUCUAUGUCAAUGGAUAACAUUACAUCGUCUUCAAAAACCCCACUAUCCAGACCUGGCAGAAGACCCUUGGGAUUUUUAUCUUUAAUAUGUUCAAAGAAUAGUUUGGAGUCUGAUGAACCUACUCAGGUUCAUAGAAAGAAACGCCUAAAACCUCUUAUACCCAUAUCAAGAAAGAAUUUGCAAGUAUCUAAUCCACUCAGUGAAAGCCAGAAGACAACUCCAGAGCCCUCUGAUCCGCCUCCAUCUCCAAGUGUUGUUGCUAAUACUCAAUCUACGAAUACUGGGAAUACUGGUAGUUCAGCAACUCAGGUUUCUUCUAAUCCCUUACCGAAAGAAGAAUGUAAAGGUGGCCAAAAGCGGGUACCUGAAGAGGAGCCAACCACCAUAUCUGAGUAUUUCUUUAGUGAUAUCUUUAUUCAAGUGGAUGAAACAGAAUAAAAGUCUUUUUUUUUUUUUUGUCCCAAGUCUAGGAUUUCCAGAGUCAAUUAUAUCAACAAAGCGGGAUUUAGAAAAAAGCAUCACUGACAGUUUAGGUUGAUUUUGAAUAUUUAAUGGCCUUCAUUUGAAACUUUUAUGAAUCAGUGGAAAACAUUGCUGAGAUUUCUUUCAUUCUGAUGGAUUCAGCAUUUUGGAAAUACUGAGCAAUUAAGACUGCUUUCUCAGACAGAAAUAACAGCUCUUGUUUACAUUUCGACUCUUCCUGUGCUGAACACACAUGGACAUCUUGGAAUGUUGUGGAUAAACGUCUCUUGUAUAAAUCACAGUGCCGACGUAUUUGGAGGUAGAUUGUAUCUAACAGUGAACGUCUUUUGUGAAGGUCUUUUUUUUCUGUUUGUUUAGGGGAUUUUUGUUUUUGUUUCUGUUUUGUUUGUUUGUUUGUUUUGGAUGGUGAAGGCCUUUUCAGUUGCCUGGAAGAAUAUGAAACAAAUUGUGAAACUCCACUUUAGUAUGGUAAAUGUUAAAAAAAAAACUUUUCUAUGAUCAGCUAUUUGACUGAAAAAUGUGUAUUUUUCUAAUUCAUGUUGAUGUAACAUUAAUGCUAAUUGAAGAACUAGUAUUUAAACUUAUUAUUUAUAAAGGUAAAACAUCAAAAAGCUUAUUUAUUUUUAAAUUUUUUAUUUAAAAGAAUAUUCAGUUUUAAUUAUUUUUACCCCUCAAAUUAUGGGUAAAGUAGGCAUUAACAAAUUGAUGUUUGUCUCCUUUUCCCUCUUUAAUUUUAAAGAUAUUUAAAGUGAUAUAGCUAAAAGUGUUUGGAUAGUGAAUAUGUUUUGAAUACAUUGUUUUCUCAUAGUUUAGUAUAUUGACUUUGUACUGUGAAAUUGUUUUUCUUAUUUCUCGAAUAAUCUCAGGAUUUGAAUGGGGACAGAAAAAACCCCUUAACUUUAUUUAUGAGACAAAUUUCCAUACAAAACUCAGUCUCCAUUACACACAUAUGUACUCACCCACACACAUUCCUUUUUUAAAAAUCAAUUUCUUGGUGUUUUUUUUCCCCCAUUAAGUUUUCCUUGAGGAACACUUAGGCCUUUAUGCACAGAACAUAAUUGUGAUGUUAAAAACAGAAAAUAAGAUAACAAUAAGACUUUAGUAAGUCAGUGAUUCUCAUCAAUAUGAAUUUAAGAGUUUUAAUUUCAAGAUUGUGUGAUUUACAUGGGUAAUUCCGUUACCCACCCAAGCAAAUCUUUGGUGGUUCAAAUUAAACUUCUGAAAGAAGAGAUGUAUUCUUUUGAAAAGCCUUCUUAGAUCAGGAGUCAGAAACAUUUUUUGCAGUAUAUUUUUGAAUUUGUGGGCAAGAUGCCCUCUGUGGUAACUACUCAGCUCUUACCAUUUCAGUGUGAAAACAGCUAUAGCCAAUGUUUAAAUAAUGGACACGAAUGGAUUGGGUUUUUAGUUUGACCCCUACAUUAAAUAGCAGUUUCCUUACCUUAAGGUGCUGAUGUCAUUGUCUCUGAGUUACUUGUCACUAGAGUUACGAAUUGUGCCUGUCAAUUAAAACCAUUGAUUGCAUUAUGAAAUUUCAAUUGGAGAGGUAUUUUAAUGUCUAACUAUGUUUGUAAAUUGAAAAAAAUGGUGGCCAUUUUUUCAUGUUCGUUAGUAAAAUUAGAUAUGGUGCAACACGUAAUCCUAAUUUAUUAAAACAAUUGAUACUAGAGUUUUUUUUUUUUUUUGUCUAUUUGGGGUCGCACCCACAGCAUAUGGAAGUUCCCAGGCUAGGGGUUGAAUUGGAGCUCUGGCUGCUGGCCUAUGCAACAGCCACAGCAACACAAAUCCAAGCUUUGUCUGCAACCUACACCACAGCUCACGGCAACGCUGGAUCCUUAACCCACUGAGGAAGACCAGGGAUUAAACCUGUGUCCUCAUGGAUACUAGUCAGAUUCAUUUCUGCUGAGCCACGAGGGGAACUCCUAGAGCAUUACCUUGGAGUGAAAUUUAUAGUUUAACUUCUUUUGUUAUAAAGGAGGAUCUGUAAAUCUGAGUGGAAAUUUCCUAUAGGUAUGUGUUUAUUUAUUUGAUGUGUCACAAAAAUCAUGGUAGUAAGUCACAUUGCUAUUUUAAUGCCCUGCUUUUAUAAAUAUUAAAUAUUUCAUAUUCUGAAAAGGUUUCUUUCAUUUUGUUAAUGUUAGUUUGGAUGUUAGUUUGUCAUAACUAAACUGUUAUUUUAUCUCUUGUUUAGUGCUAUUUUUUAACUUUGUUAACAUCUAUCUCUUGUUCAUCUACAAUGACUUAAUUUUAUAGGAGAUGUAGCUUCUGUGUAAAGGCUAAUUUUAUCUUCAUUGUGUUAGAGAAUCAUGUCAGUCAGCUAAAUUAUCCUAUUCUAUAUCCUAAAAACUCUUGGAAAAAGAAACUUAAUCAGUGUAUUACUUACAAAGUAGAAGGACUUGUUCACACCUGUGUUUAAUCUGAUUCAUGUAAAGAUGAUGUGAAGAAUUUGUAAUUUGUAAAUCUUAAAGGAGAUGUGAUUAUAGUUCUUUGUUUUUUUUGACUUUUCCUCCUGAACACUUAGUCUUAGCAAGUGAUCAACAUGAUGGUUUAAAAGCCUAAUUGUUGGUAAAUGAUUGAGGCACAGAUAGAAAUAUGAAUAUCCACUGUUUACCACCAUGUUCUUUGAAUUAUAAGUGACCAUGUAUAUACUAUCUUGCUUGAAGAAGUCUUUGACAAAAAAGCAAUAUCUGUCGUAAAUUUUCUUGUUCUAAAGAAAGCAGUUAUAUUCUAUAGAUAUGAAUUAUGUAAAUAAAAGUUAUUUUAUACUAUU